GAUUUCGCAAAAUUUCUGAGAGAGCCCAGCACGGCGUCGUAUCACCUUUAUCCACUCUACGUUUUAUCUUUUUCUUCCUCCAAUUCUGGCCUGCACAAACACAAACAGAAAAGAAGGGGAAAAAAGUGCUCAAAUUAAUCUCAAUUAUGGCGAAAACGAAGAAAGAGCUUCUGUCAUCAGCGCCAUGGAGGGCGGGCCCACAAGAAGACGACAAAUUCAAGGACGCAAAGAUGAAGGUGACGUCACAGCCGGGUGCAACACCCACAAUGCACGUCCCCGGCAAGAAGAAGUUCGGCUCGAAAAACGAUGCCGUUGGCGAGGACUCCCUCACUGAAAUCGACCCCGAACUUCGCUACAGCUUCCAGCGCAAUUUCCAGUUCCUUCAAAACGUCUUCAGCAUUGAUACAGUUGUCAAGCCCCUUCCUCCAACAAUGGCAUACAAUGUCUCGCGCAAUUUGUCCUUCUUCACAAGGAUCUUCACACAGUUCUUCGGUGAGUUUGAGUCUCCUUCAAACUAUCGUCACGCCAUUCAUUUUAUGCAUCUAUCUCAAAUAAAGUUUUAUGUUUAGAGAGUUUUUUUUUGGCUCAGCUUACUUUGGAGAGAAGCUCCAACAACUUAUAAGAUAUAAUGUCUCAAGAGCUUAUGAGUUGUAAAGUGUUUGGACAAGCUAGAGAGAGAGUUGUGAGUUAGAGAGAGAAAAUCCUAGUUAGAGAGAGAAAUUGAAGAGAGACGAAAUUAGAAGGGUAUAUGAUGGAAAAUACAGAGACUAUUUUGUGGGGAACUUUUAAGUUGUUGGAGCUUAUUUCCAUAUGGCUUUACGCUGUUUAGGAGCUUAUUUUUACCAAUUCCAGGAGCUUAUAAACUCCUAAACAACUUAUAAGCUGUGUUAAGUAUGCUCAGCCAAACUCAUAACUUUGUGUGAUUUGCUUACAGAUCCCGAAGGUAUAGCAGAUGCACAGAAAUCACUUGGAUUAGGUCAGGAAGAGAAAGCUCGUAAAGUUCGUUAAAACAAUGAUAUGUUUUUUGGUAGAACACUGAAAAUCUUGGUCAUAGAAAGAGCUCUUGUUUUCCUGUAUUCAGCUGAAUUAUACAACUAUUGCAAUUUGAAGGAGCUUUUUGUAUUUCCAUUGAUUGUGAUUGUCAUGAAUGGUGAACUUGCUGCCUUUUCGUAGGCUCGAAUAA